CAGAGUUGAAACCAGGCUAAAUAAAGAGUAUGUCUGUACUUCUGGUAAAAGUUUCAGAGAAGAUGGAUAAUAUGAGUAGUGAAGACGGUCUGGAGUUUCAUUCUGCUAUGAAAGAUUUUAAAAUUAUGUUCCCUGGUUUGAACGACGAUAUUAUCGAAUCAGUCCUCAGAUCGCACGAUGGCGUUGUUGAAGCUACAAUCGAUCAUUUGCUAAGAAUGCAUUCGGAUUCGAAAGAAGAUAUGAAAGUCAAUGGCUCUCCUACUCCUAAGGCAUGUCAUCUUGUUGAAAAUGACUAUUGCCCAUCUUCUAGUUAUAGAAAUUUGUCACCGGUCGCUAAGAAAGUUGCAGAACGCUAUCACUAUCGAAGAAGUCUUCCAGAUGAAUUUCUAAGAAUUAGUUUGGAGAGCGACGAAGAAACUAAUUUCCGUCGUCACAACGAAACGGCUCAUUCUUCAUUUAGAAGAUCACUUAAUGCUAUAAAAACUAAAGUUGAAGAAAAUAUUAGACGUAGAUCAUCGCUAAAUGAUAAUUCGGAAAACGAUAGGGUUACAAAACAAUUUUUAGAUGAUGAACAAUUCGCUACAAUGCUCCAAAACGAUGAAUUAAUGUGCGAGAUGAAUCAGAAUGAAAUUGAAUCGAGGAAGACUAAAUUAACGGCAGCUGCUAAACAAUUUUUUGCAAAAAAGAAGUCAAAUAGACCAUCAGUAUUAAAAGACAAUUCGUCACCAUCUUCCUUCAAUCUGCUGGAAAAUGAAGAGGACAGUGAUCAGAAAAUAAUAAACAGUGGCAGUUAA